GGUUCAUAGUCGGGUUCAUAAACAGGAAGAAGGCGGAAGUACGCCGGUUUACAGCUUUGAGGUGAAAUGACAGCAGCGUUGCCUGCAUCAGCGCCUGAGUCGCUUGAUAAACGUCGCUGUGAUCCUCGUAACUCAAUGUUAACUGGCGUUCUGCCUCCUGGUUGAACUUGUCAACAUGGAGGAAGAGGAGCAGCUGCGGUCUUUCAUGUUCCUGAUGACUUACAUGCUGCUGAAGCGCAGGAGAGACUUAAACGACGCAAACAUUCAGAGGCGCAGUGAGAUUCAAAGACGCAUCAGACAUCGGCAGUACUUCUUCCAGAGACAGAGAAGGAUGCUCAUGAUGAUGAUAGCAGGAGGUAUCCGCUCCAACGCCCGCAUCCGCACACGUCCAUGGACCACCACCCAAAGCACUGAUUGGUGGGAGCGCGUGGUGAUGACGGAAUUCCAGCCGUCUGAUUGGCUGAAUAAGUUCCGUAUGAGCAGGGAGACGUUCUUCUACCUCUGUGACAAGCUGAGGCCUCGUCUGGCUCGCCAGGACACCAGCUUCCGCCUGGCGCUGCCGGUGGAGAAACGCGUAGCAGUGGCUCUGUGGCGCCUGGCAUCGAACGUUGAAUACCGCACCAUCAGCACCCUGUUUGGUGUGGGGAAGUCCACUGUGUGCAGGUGUGUCAGGGACAUGUGUCACGCCAUUGUGGCCCUCCUCAGCUCCAUCUACCUGCGGCCCCCCAGUGAGCAGGAGCUGGAGGAUUCAGCCCAGCUCUUCCUGUCCAAAUGGGGCUUUCCUCACUGCGUUGCUGCCAUAUCGACCCUACACACUGCUAUCAUCACCCCGUCAAACAACGCAUCUGACUACGCCAACCCCGCUGGCUGGCUCUCAGUGCUGUCACAGGUGGCCGUCAGUGGCCGGGGGCAAUUCUGGGACGUAUGUGCCAGUUUCCCAGGUGGGACGGACCCAGCUGACAUCUUCCAGAACUCAUCCCUGUGGGCCACAGCUGCAGACGGUGGACUGUCGCCGGCCCCGCCACCUACCUUCAUGGGAAAACCGCUCAGGUAUAUGCUGCUGGGGGAGGCCUGCUACCCUCUGCAGAGCUGGCUGAUGAAGGCCUAUCCUGGGGAAAAGGGCCGGAGGGCCAGCCACACAGCACUGACCGAGCCACAGCGGCUCUUCAAUCGACUGCUCGCCCGAGCGUUGCGUGUCUCCGAGGAGGCGCUGCUGAGGCUGAGGGCCCGCUGGCAGUGUUUGAGCAAGAGGAACGACUGCGGACUGGAUGUGGUGCCCACCAUGAUUCUAGCUUGCUGCAUUCUGCACAACAUGUGCGAGUCCCACGGGGACGCCUUCAAGGCGGAGUGGCAGGUGGAGGUGGCCGAGGCAGAGAGCCCUCAGCCCAGCCACAAGCAACUUCCCUCCACCAGUACUGACCAAAGUCAUGCCGAGGAGGCCCGAAAGCUCUUCUGUGACUUUUUUGAAGAACAGAGUAAUUGAAGAAGUCUCCAACACAUAAAGACUUAUUGAAAUCCUGAUAAACAUUUGUACUUGCACUAGAUUUUUUUUGCCACACAGUGCUUUGGUUGUUAACAAAGCAUUGAUGUCAAACACAUAGUUGAACCUAAAUGAACCAGAGAUGGAUCAAGUUAAGCAAAGACUGACUGAAAAUAAGCUAAAUUUGACAACGCCCUCAAAUCAAGUCCUAAAUCUUCUAAAAUCAUACACACACCUGUUUACUUUGGCCAAUCUUCACAAGUUCCAACUCGUGAUAAGGAUGUAAAAACAGCUAAAUGUAUUUGCCUUAAUUUUUCAUCUAUGAAACAAGUGUUUUCUAUUGUGUAUUAUGCAUCACAGCCUGAAGGGGCUACUAUCAUGGCUGUAACAUUUUUAUAUUAAUCAUGACUGCAUGAUGUGCUCUUUUUUUCCCAUUUUGUACAUUUUUAUGUAGUGCAUCAUUGCAUAAAGAUUCCAGUUUUGUUUUAACUGGGUUUCCUGUA